AUGCGCAGAACUCGCUUCCCCCUUCCGGCAGCUGCGGCGGCCGGACCCUGGCGGAAGAGUCAGGGUAAAAUGGCGGCCACGGAGUCCGGCGCCAGCUGGGUCCGCGCCGCCGCCACCCUACUCCUAGGGUGCUGCGGGGCAGCGCUCACCAGCAGUGUCCAGGAUCAAGCAGAACAGUUCUUUAGAAGUGGACAUACAAAUAACUGGGCAGUUUUGGUGUGUACAUCUCGAUUCUGGUUCAAUUACCGUCAUGUGGCAAAUACUCUCUCAGUAUACAGAAGUGUCAAGAGAUUGGGCAUUCCCGAUAGUCACAUUGUCCUGAUGCUGGCAGAUGACAUGGCAUGUAAUCCCAGAAAUCCCAAACCAGCUACUGUGUUUAGUCAUAAAAACAUGGAGCUAAAUGUCUAUGGAGAUGAUGUGGAAGUGGAUUACAGAAGCUAUGAGGUUACUGUCGAAAAUUUUUUGCGUGUAUUAACAGGAAGAAUCCCACCAAGCACACCACGAUCUAAACGUCUUCUUUCUGAUGAUAGAAGCAAUAUUCUAAUAUAUAUGACAGGCCAUGGUGGAAAUGGUUUCCUAAAAUUUCAGGAUUCUGAAGAAAUCACAAAUGUAGAACUGGCUGAUGCCUUUGAACAAAUGUGGCAGAAAAGAAGGUACAAUGAAUUGUUGUUUAUUAUUGAUACUUGCCAAGGAGCAUCCAUGUAUGAACGAUUUUAUUCACCUAAUAUAAUGGCCUUGGCUAGCAGCCAAGUAGGAGAAGAUUCUUUAUCACAUCAGCCUGAUCUUGCGAUUGGUGUUCAUCUCAUGGACAGAUACACAUUCUAUGUGCUAGAGUUCUUGGAAGAAAUUCAUCCAGCCAGUCAGACAAAUAUGAAUGACCUAUUUCAGGUCUGUCCAAAAAGCUUGUGCGUUUCCACACCUGGGCACCGAACUGAUCUCUUUCGGCGAGACUCUCAAAAUGUUCUGAUAACAGACUUCUUUGGCAGUGUGAGAAAGGUGGAAAUUACAAGAGAGACAAUUUCUUUGGAUCGUGACAUAGCCGGAUUUGAAAGCAAGCUUCCAAAGGAUGAGUUGGCAACAGAACCACUAAAAUAUGCUGAACAGCUUCCUGUAGCUCAGAUAAUACACCAGAAACCAAAACAAAAGGAUUGGCAUCCUCCUGGAGGAUUUAUUUUAGGACUCUGGGCACUGAUCAUCAUAGUUUUCUUCAGAACGUAUGGAAUCAAGCACAUGAAACAUGUCUUCUGAAUUCAUGCAAACAAGAUGACUGCCUUGACUGCUAUGUUGGAUUCUUUGGUGUCACCCGAGUUCCCUGUAUGUGUGUUAUGGCUGGAGUGAAAAACAGUGUUGAGAUAUUGCUUCUAAAAGUUCUUUUGAAGUCAUGUCUUCUGCGCUUUCUUCUGCAGAGUCUGCCGAAUGAUUUUAAUGUUACUGGUCAGAGAUACCGUUUUAUGUUGUCUUGUUUGAAACAUAUUUUAAUGCUUUUCUGAGCAAUUUUUCUUUCUGG